AUGUCUCUCGAUAUCAGCAAAGAAGACGCUGUGAGAUUGAGGGAAAUCGAGGUCAAAAAAUUGGUGGCCAAUGAAUGGAAGGUAUUGCAUGAAGAGCUGCCAAUUAUUCAGAAAUCAAAAGGUAGAAAGGAUAUCAAGGAUAUUCCUACAAUGAAUAGAAUUAAAGAAAUAGUCCGCCAAAGAAUUGGAUAUGUUGCUACAUUCAUCUUCUUACAUAUUGUUGGUACUAUCUGUGGAUGGUUAGAAGGUCCUUAUCGUAAUGUGGGCAAAAUCUUAUUAAUUCUUUACAUGUUACUUGAAAAUGAAACAUUCGGAUCCUUAAAUGAGAGGAGAAUUAUCGCAAGGUCUACAAUAUGGAGAAUUCAUCACACAAUUUUCGUUGAAUUUCAUGGCCAACUUAAUGAAUGGGCUGACACUUGUUUGCAAAGAAUGUUUUCAAAUCCUAUUAUUCGAUGUCUUACUGGUAUAAUUGAAAACGAAAAAGGCUUCAAGGAUGGAACCACUUUUUUAGAUGGUCAUGAUACACGUAUUGAAUAUAGUAAUUUAGCCAAAUAUCCUAAAAGGGAGUAUUGGAGUUACAAAUAUAAAGAUUCUGGACUAAGAACUCAAGUAUUGAUGGAUAAUCAAGAAUUAGCAAUUGCUAUUUCGAAAUCCCUACCAUGUGCUCCUAAUACAGACAUUGUGUGGAUGUAUUUUGAUGGUGGUUAUUUCUUGGGAAUUCCUGAUUAUAUUGAAAAAUUGCAAGAAAAAGAAUAUGAUUUUGAUGAGUCAAAUUUCAGAACUCCAAUUAGAAAACCAAGAAAUCAAGAUCUAACAUACAGUGAAGCACAAUAUAAUGAAGAAUUUGGUGCUUUUCGUGAAAAAUAUAAUAUUCAAGUAUUAGAUCACCACAAGGAAUGGAUGCGUUCAGACUUUGAUUUUCCUAUAGAAAAGCCAAAAUUAUUAAGACCCUCUGUUAAUGUUGUCCGUCAAAAAGAAUAUGCAGAGGAAAAAAGAAAAGCUCAAUGUAACCUUAUUGCUAAAAUGUUGACAAUGAGUGACACUGAAUUAAUGACACUAUCAACUCGUGAAAUUCUAGAAUAUUCACAUAAUUCUAAUCCAGUACAAGUCGGUGAUGAAGGAUCAGAAAGCGGCUCGGAUAAUGAACUUCCAAGAAAUCUACAAGAAAGUGCUUCUGAUAACGAAGGAUCUGAGAGCAGUUCUGAUAAUGAAAGAUCCAAUUCGCAAGCCUCAAGAUCAAGAUCAGAAAGCGAUUCGGAUAGUGAAGGAUCAGAAAGCAGUUCUGAUAAUGAAGAAAGAUUGAUAUCACCAAGAAAGACACAAUUCCCAAGAAUAACCUCAGGCUCGGAAAGAAGUUCACAAGACUACACACCACAAAAACUUCCACAAAAAACUCCAAAAUCAACUCCACAACCAAACACCCCUAUCCAAAUCCAAAUUGUGCUGAUAUCGAGAGACAUUUUUUUCAAUUCAAAAUUUUAUUUGAAACUCCCAAGCUAA